ACGUUCCAUUGUUGCGUCAUGACAUCAGCACGGCGCACGUCAUUUUCACGCAGGCCUUGAUUCCAUGUUCCGCGCCCUGAGCUGUCAUUUUUUACCGGGAGAGAAGGGCAUCCGGGAUACCGGCCGAUCAAGGAGCCGCUCAAACGCGUUUCUCGAGUGGAUGUUUUAUUCAGCCCUCGCUGUCCAGAGUCUGAGCUCAGUGGAUUUUAUUUCUGUCUGUUCUAAGGAGGUCCGGCCUGUCGGACUGACCACCACCAGUGUGUGUGUGAUACUUUAAGGACUGCUAAUGCAUCGUUUAAGGACUUGUGCAGCGCGAUUGCGUCCGCUCACUGCCUCGCAGGCGGCUCAGACUUUUGGCCAACAGCAGCCAAUCACAGCCUGCUCCACAGGUGGAAAAAGGACGUUUCGGCCAAUCCGGUGCUACUCUGCACCAGUGGCCUCAGAACCGUUCCUAAAUGGGACGAGUUCCAACUAUGUGGAGGAGAUGUACUACGCCUGGUUGGAGAACCCCAAGAGUGUUCACAAGUCUUGGGAUGUGUUUUUCAGGAACGCCAACGCUGGCGCACCUCCUGGUGCUGCCUACCAGUCUCCUCUGUCUGCAGCCACAAGCCUCAUUGCUCCUCAGCUCGUGUCUCUUGUCGGGGCGCAGCCUAACGUGGAGAAGCUGGUGGAGGAUCACUUGGCUGUCCAAUCUCUCAUCAGAGCCUACCAGAUCCGAGGUCACCAUGUGGCCCAGUUGGAUCCCCUCGGCAUCAUGGACGCAGAUCUGGACUCGUGUGUCCCCACUGACAUUAUCACCUCAUCUGACAAACUGGACGUGACUGUGUUCGAGGAGAGGCUGAGAGUCCUAACAGUAGGAGAGUCUGACUGCCUCUCCCCGUUGCACGUCGGCCGCCGACAGAGCGGCUUCUAUGGUCUGGAUGAGUCAGACCUGGACAAGGUGUUUCAUCUGCCCACCACCACCUUCAUCGGAGGCUCAGAGACUGCUCUGCCGCUUAAAGAGAUCAUACGGCGUCUGGAGAUGGCAUACUGUCAACACAUUGGUGUGGAGUUCAUGUUCAUCAAUGACCUGGAGCAGUGUCAGUGGAUCAGGCAGAAGUUUGAGACUCCAGGACUGAUGCAGUUCACUUUGGAGGAGAAGAGGACACUGCUGGCCAGAAUGGUUCGCUCCACCAGGUUUGAGGAGUUUCUGCAGAAGAAGUGGUCUGCAGAGAAGCGCUUUGGUCUGGAGGGAUGCGAGUCUUUGAUCCCUGCUCUGAAAACCAUCAUCGAUAAGUCGUCUGAGAGUGGUGUAGACUACGUCAUCAUGGGAAUGCCUCACAGGGGGCGUCUAAAUGUUUUGGCCAAUGUGAUCCGUAAAGAGCUGGAACAGAUUUUCUGUCAGUUUGACUCCAAGCUGGAAGCUGCUGAUGAGGGCUCUGGAGAUGUGAAGUACCAUCUGGGCAUGUACCACCGUCGUAUCAACCGUGUGACAGAUAGGAACAUCACUCUGUCUCUGGUGGCCAACCCGUCUCACCUGGAGGCCGUGGACCCUGUGGUGCAGGGAAAGACCAAGGCUGAACAGUUCUACAGUGGAGACUCGGAUGGAAAAAGGGUGAUGUCCAUUCUGAUCCAUGGAGACGCAGCGUUUGCAGGUCAGGGUAUCGUCUAUGAGACCUUCCACCUGUCUGACCUGCCGUCCUACACCACGCAUGGCACAGUGCACGUUGUUGCCAACAACCAGAUCGGAUUUACCACUGAUCCUCGGAUGGCUCGGUCAUCUCCGUAUCCGACUGACGUGGCUCGAGUCGUCAACGCUCCUAUCUUCCACGUGAAUGCUGACGACCCAGAAGCCGUCAUCUACGUCUGUAAUGUGGCAGCUGAGUGGAGAGCCACUUUCCACAAAGACGUGGUGGUCGACCUGGUGUCGUACCGUCGCAUGGGUCACAACGAGAUGGACGAGCCGAUGUUCACUCAGCCGCUGAUGUACAAACAGAUCAAGAAGCAGAAACCAGUUCUGCAGAAAUACGCAGAGAAACUGAUCGCAGAUGGGGCUGUGACCAGGCAGGAGUACGAGGAAGAAAUCGCCAAGUACGAUAAAAUCUGUGAGGAAGCAUAUGCUCGCUCCAAAGACGAGAAGAUCCUCCACAUCAAGCACUGGCUGGACUCCCCAUGGCCUGGUUUUUUCACCCUGGAUGGUCAGCCAAAGUCCAUGAGCUGCCCCUCCACCGGUCUGACGGAGGAAAACCUGAACCACAUCGGACAGGCGGCCUCGUCAGUUCCUGUUGAGGACUUCACCAUCCACGGAGGUCUGAGUCGUAUCCUGAAGGGCCGAGCUGAGAUGAUCCGGAACAGGAUGGUGGACUGGGCUCUGGGAGAGUACAUGGCCUUCGGGUCGCUGCUGAAGGAGGGGAUUCACGUCAGGCUGUCGGGACAGGACGUGGAGCGGGGCACAUUCAGCCACCGCCAUCAUGUCCUCCACGACCAGAACGUAGACAAGAGGACGUGUAUCCCCAUGAACCACCUGUCUCCUGACCAGGCGCCGUACACCGUGUGCAACAGCUCUCUGUCUGAAUACGGAGUCCUCGGUUUUGAAUUGGGAUUUGCAAUGGCGAGUCCCAAUGCUCUGAUUUUGUGGGAGGCUCAGUUUGGAGAUUUCCACAACACUGCUCAGUGCAUCAUCGACCAGUUUAUCAGCCCCGGUCAGGCGAAGUGGGUGAGACAGAACGGCAUUGUGCUGCUGUUGCCACACGGCUUGGAGGGCAUGGGUCCAGAACAUUCUUCAGCCCGUCCAGAGAGAUUUCUCCAGAUGUGCAACGAUGACCCAGAUGUGAUGCCAAACAUCACAGACGACUUCGCUGUGCGACAGCUCUAUGACUGUAACUGGAUUGUGGUGAACUGUUCAUCUCCUGCAAACUACUUCCACGUUGUCAGACGGCAGAUCCUCCUGCCGUUCAGGAAGCCUCUGAUCAUCUUCACUCCCAAAUCUCUGCUGCGUCACCCAGAAGCUCGUUCCAGCUUUGACGAGAUGCUGCCUGGAAGUCACUUCCAGAGGUUGAUCCCAGAGACAGGGCCAUUGAUCGAGCGGCCAGAAGAGGUGAAGAGGUUGAUCUUCUGCACAGGAAAGGUUUACUAUGAGCUGACCAAAGAGAGAAAGACCAGGGGCCAGGAGGAGACCGUGGCCAUCGCUCGCAUAGAGCAGCUAUCUCCGUUCCCGUUCGACCAGGUGAAGGCAGAGACGGAGCGCUUCCCCAACGCUGACCUGGUUUGGUGUCAGGAGGAGCACAAGAACCAGGGUUACUACGACUACGUGAAGCCUCGCAUCAGGACCACCAUCCAGAGAUCCAAACCUGUCUGGUAUGCUGGUAGAGAGCCAGCAGCAGCACCAGCUACAGGAAACAAAAACACUCACCUGGUGGAGCUACGGCGUUUCUUGGACACCGCCUUCGACCUGGAUGCAUUCAAAGACCAGCAGUAAAACUGCAAACACCUGGUAUAAACCCUGUGACCCCUGACCCCUGGAUUCAGACCCAACCUCAACACAGAAUAAACAACUCUAUUUCUGUGUACACACAGUACAGUACACGCCAAAGGUUUUCCAGCUACAAACAGCAACUCUGUCAGUUCACAGUUGAAUUUCACUCCAGUUAAACUUUGCUGAUAUUUUGUAGUUUGUUGAAACAAACAUUUUACUUUCUUCUGCUGCAACAUGUGCACAGUGUUUAUGGGCUGGACGUCAAAUUCAAAUAUAAUGAAUAUUUUCAAUCAAAGGCAAAAAAUUGGUUAUCUGUCACCCAUCUGUUGUCAUGCUUCGGGUCUGUCCAACUCGUGACAGGCUGCAGGGCGUAGUAUGUCAUAAAUGUGGGACACGUACCGUAACUUAAGGUUUGGACAAGCUAAAAGAAUCAGAAUCAAAGCCGCGGCAGGCUGGUGGUUUCAGUUAGACAUGUCAGGGAUUCGAGGUCUGGUUUCCACAAUGAAACUGAAGCCAGCUUUCUGAGUACAAACCUGGUCUUGACAUUAAUAGACUGGCGCUGUCAGAACCAUUUAUUUAGCUGCCCCUGGUGUGUAACCGCAGCCUUGCUUGUUCUUCAAGCCUGCUGCUUGUAGAGCAUCUCAGUGGCUGAACACAGCUGAUCCAGGUAAUCAGUGGGAGGCACCGAUGAAACCAGCCACCACACCCCACCCCACCCAACUGCGCAGGUUGUGUGGGCAAAAUGAAGGAAUUUCUUCCAAGUUUUUAGGUCCCAGAAUUUUCAUCAAUCAUGCUUCUAAAAUGAAAACAAUGUGGGAGAAUGAAGCCUAAGUCUUUGACCCCUCAACACUUUCCUCCGUCCACAGACACCCCUUCAGUGACUCCACCUAUUUAGUUAUUCCAUCAUCGGCUUCUGACAUUCGAUGCAGGAAUCACUAGAUGGCUCGAUGGAAGCGCAGCUAGCGGAGGGUUGGAGGAUCACUGCAGCAGCUGGGUUUUGCUUGCUCAGGACUGUCACUAUGUGCUACACAGCAGAAGUUUAUUUUAUUUUUAUUUUGAAGAAUUAUGGCGUGUUCCUACAUGAAUCCAAGUAAAUGCACCGCUGAUUCUUACAGUACUUAACCCUCAACAUAAGAGUCUCCUUUUUUUUUCCCUCCGUCAGCGUUUUUCUGGUGCCAAACUGAUCCGAUCACGUCUUUAUUGCUUCAGUUCUGUGCAGCAGCUGAAUAAACGAUGGCAAACGGUGAAAUCAGUUACAACUGUUUUUCAGGGCAUCUGGGAGACAAAGAAAAUGAUUUAUUUAUUUUCAUAUUAGGGGAUUCUCAUUAUCUUGCUUCAUUCAAUAAAGAACACUGUAUGUACCGAGGAGCUGCUGCCUCUGUCUCAUUGAGUCUGGGCACAUUUGUGGAACAACUGGUGGAUUGUAACUUUUGGUGCUAGAUUUCUGAUUUUACUAUUGCAAAAUCAGUCCAACUUGUUGUUUAAUCAAUGACAAAACACCUUUAAAAUUGAUUUUGUACAAUCCUCCCAGUGGAAACUUUGAAUUAAAAUAACAUUGAGGCUG